UGAUAAGUAGGAAAGAUCACUUUCUCAAGUGAUCAUAUGGUAUAGAGUAGUAAUACCAUUUAUGAAAAUGCAAAGGUGGAAAAAGGGACAGUGCAACAAGGACCAAUCUGAAGGACCACCUUCCUGCACAAGGGCAUUUAUCAAGAGAAAGUUCCAUCAGGUUUCAAAUAAACAUGAAGGGGCUGUUGCUAAGGACAAGGGCAGCGAAAAUUCAUCCAAGUGCAACAGUAAACCAACGAAGUUGCCAAAAAAACGUAUACUAGAACUUAUUCUCGACAUGCUGCAAAGGAGGGACACCCAUGAAAUAUUUGCAGAACCAGUUGAUCCCACUGAGGUGGAAGAUUACUAUGAAAUCAUUAAAGACCCUAUGGAUUUUGGUACAAUGAGGGCUAAGCUUCAUGAAGGAAUGUAUCAGAAUCUCCAACAGUUUGAGGUCUGCUUUUCCCCUAAAUUGUCAUUUCUCUAGUUACACCACAUUUUUACGCUUGAUUGGGCCUUAAUGUUCAUUUUCUUAUCUGGUAAUCUUUUUAUUUUCCCUUUAAGUCAAAGUGGACUGGGAUAAAAUUUGAUCAAGUUGUGUCAGCCCUUCUAUUUCUAGGAAACAUUAAGAAACUACUGAGCCUGUUGCGAAUUUUAGCAGCAUCUGAGCCUUCAAUCACCUCUCAUGUUUGUGCAAUUCAUGAUCUGUAAACACAACCAUCAAUCAUGGAUUUCCAAGAAUUUUCCUACAUAUAAUGUCUAUUGAAGUUUUAUAAACUAUCUGCAGUAUAACUUGCUAGAUGUACUCUGAUCAACUAUAUAUGCAUGUGUUCAUUUUUAUGAUCACAGAUUAAGAAGUAUGACGUGCA